AUGUACGGCCUCCUGCUGGAGAACCUGGCCGAGUUCAUCAAGGUGACAUACGGCGAGGACCAGUGGGAGACGGUUAGGCGAGAGGCCCUGGUGGACAUGCCGUCCUUCUCCACGCACCAGGUGUACCCGGAGGCGCUGCUGCCUCGGCUGGCCAAGACCGCCUGCAAGGCCAUCCUGAGGGACAUGAGUCUCGAACAGCUGGUCGCCAAGCCUAUCGGCCUUCACUCAACACCAACACUUCUAGACCUGAUCGCCACCAAUACAACCGGUCUCCGGAACUCAGCUGAGGCUCUCCACAAGCCUGUGGCGGACCACCAGCCGGUGCUGCUCCGCGCUCCCGUCCCCAGAGAGCGCCGACGGUCAGUCACCGCCACCGUGCGACCGUGGAAACGCGUCGACUGGGACGCGCUUAACCUGAGCCUGCUGCUCGCUGAUUAG